AUGAGCCCUGUGUGCCGCUGGCGGCAGUGGGAGGCCAGAAGAUGCAUGCCUGAGGACCCCGAGGACGCUCUCCAGCAAGAAGAUGAGCCAUGUGUGCCGCUGGCGCCAGCCAGAAGAUGCAUGCCUGAGGACCCCGAGGGCACUCUCCAGCAAGAAGAUGAGCCAUGUGUGCCGCUGGCGCCAGUGGGAGGCCAGAAGAUGCAUGCCUGA